AUGUUCCGGUCCCUGAAGCAGCACGCUAGGUCAUCGGAAGGGAUGAAAGACGUGGUUUUCAUCGGAGCAACUGCUCUUUUGUGGUGGUCAGCGCGGAGGUACUACAAGCACCACAUCGGCAAGCCCAACUUCGACGCCAGCGAGGCUGAUCCGGUGAUUGGCCGCGACGACGAGAUCGACCGCGUCAUCUGCAUACUCUGCCGCCGGACAAAGAACUGCGCUGCGCUCGUCGGAGCAGCGGGAGUUGGCAAGACGGCCAUCGUGGAGGGUCUCGCCCAACGAAUCGCUGCCGGGACGGUCCCAGACGCUCUCUCCGGAGCUCGCGUGGUGGAGCUCGACCUCGGGGCGAUGAUUGCCGGGACCAAUUUGCGCGGCAUGUUCGAAGAGCGCUUGAAGGAUGCUGUCAAGCAGGCGGAGGAUUCGGCUGGCAAGCUCAUCCUCUUCAUCGACGAGAUGCACAUGAUGGUCGGUACCGGUGAGCGAGGUGGCACCGGCGACGCCGCCAACAUCCUCAAGCCAGCCUUGGCCCGUGGUCGCAUCCGUUGCAUAGGGGCUACUACCUCUCCGGAGUAUCGCGAGUACGUCGAGAAGGAUGCGGCACUCGAGCGGCGCUUUCAAAAGGUUGAAGUCGACGAACCAAGCCUGCAAGACACCAUUGCCAUCCUUAGAGGGUUGAAAGAGCAUUACCAAGCACACCAUGGCUUGAAAAUUGACGACGACGCCCUCGUCGCCGCUGCACAGCUUGCUGCCCGUUAUAUUACAGGUCGUCAAUUUCCUGAUAAGGCAAUUGAUCUGAUUGAUGAGGCAUGCACUAUGGUAAAGUUGCAGCUUGGCAAGCAAAAGGAAGCUAUAAAUGAACGAAGUAAAACUGUAAAUACUCCGGCGGAGGUACUGGUUGGUCCACAUCAUAUCACACAGGUUUUGAGCCGAUGGACUAAAAUUCCUAUAGCUACACUUGAUCAAGAGGAAGAAAAGCUAAUACAUCUCACUGAGAGACUGCAUGAGAGAGUUGUUGGGCAGGAUGGAGCGGUAAAUUUGGUUGCACAAGCAGUUCUACGUUCUAGGACUGGUCUUGAUGAAUCAGGCCAACCGAUAUGUUCUUUCCUGUUUUUGGGUCCGGUUGGUGUUGGAAAGACACAGCUUGCUAAAGCUCUUGCAGAGAAGCUAUUUGAUAAUAAGAAGAUGUUAGUUCGCUUUGAUAUGUCUGAAUAUGAUCAGAGUGGAUCUUUGCGGCAUCUCAUUGGAGGACCCGGAAGCUACGAAGAAAAUGGACAACUCAGUGAGAAAAUCGGGAGCCAACCAUACAGUGUUAUUCUUUUUGACAAUGUGGAUAAGGCACAUCCCUCUGUAUUCAAAGUUCUAAUUCAAAUCCUCGAUGAUGGUAUGCUGAUUGAUGGCAAAAGGAGGAACGUGGAUUUUAAGAAUACAAUCAUUAUUAUGACAUCAAAUCUAGGAUCAGAGAACCUACCAACAAGAAUAGCAGGCGAAAAACCGGUGGAAUUUGCACGAGAUCUUCUCAUGAAACAGGUUCAAAAAUGCGUCAAGCCCGAUCUUAUCAACAGAUUGAGUGAGAUUGCGAUAUUCGAGCCGCUUUCACACGACGAACUCAAGGAGAUAGUGAAAAUCCAAAUGAAGAGCGUCGUUGCCAUGAUGGCUAACAAGGGCUUCUCUAUGUCGGUGACAGAUGGCGCUUUGGAUGUCAUUUGGUCACAAUCACACGACCCAGUGGACGGCGCAAGGCCUAUAAAGACGUGGGUGAAGAAGCAUGUGACAAGAGUUCUUUCAAAUAUGUUGGUCACCAGGGAAGCAUGUAUAGGUUCAAAGAUCUCCAUAGAGGCUAGUGACGAUAAGAGAGAGUUGAAGUUCCAAGUACUAAAGAAAGAGAUGGAUCCAGGAGACCAGCUGCCAUGA